ACAGUGCUGACAGCUGCAUGAGGAAGUGGCGGUGGUGAGCACAUGGGUGUGGCUGGGUUAACCGUUCCCCCAUCCACCAUUGAAAGUAACUUACAGAGGAAGAGUACUACGAUGAUGAGGCUUGGGAUGCAUCCCAGGAAGCAAGCACCUUGCAGGAUGGAUCCCAAGAUUUACUUCACCUCCUUUAUUUAUUUCCUGUUUGUCAUAAAAGCGUCGUGGGCUGAGGAUCCCUCACCGGCACCCAACACACCGUCUGCAUUCACUCCAGCCAAAGUCCAAACUACAACACACAACAUGCAACUAGCAACUCUCACUGGGAAAAGAGUGGAAAGCAACGUCACCAGAGAUGUUGACUCAUCUACAAAACCGCUCCCCACGAAGCAACGCCCAAACCAGCACAUCACAGUCAGCCCAGCCAGUGGAUCAGUGACAUCUGCCCCCAAAACAAAAGCCAUCAAAGACACAUCCAGUGUCACCUGGACUUCAGACGGGGAGGACGCUUUUACCUACGAUUACGAAUCCCUGCGAAUUGCUGGCCUGAUCUUUGCUGGAGUGUUCUUCGUCUUGGGGAUAUUGGUUCUUACCUGUGGUAACAUCCGCAAGAUGCCAAAGUGUCACAAAAAGUCAUCAAAGUCGUAUCGGGUGGUCCAAGGAUAAAGAGGUCUGUGCUGGGCUGCAUUCAGCUCCAGUAAGCCAACUAGUAGUUCUUCAGGAGCUUCACCAUCGCCGGGCAGCACGUGUGGACUGAGAGGCUGCUUGGCAACUGAAACAAAUCUGGAUUCCUGACGAGUGGACGAGUGGAACCAUCAUCCACUUUGUUCAAGCUUCUCUCCUGUAUUGCCAGACUACCUAAAAACACAAGUAUAAAACAAUACAGACACCCUUCUCUCGUGCUAUUUCUCCUUCCUUUCUCACCACGAGGGAAAAACCCAGAACAUUUUCUGUUCGAGAAUGACUGAUACCUUUCACCUCUCAGGAAGGAAAUGAAACGUAAUGUUGGGUCACUUCCUGCAGACUCUGAACUUUCUCAUUAUCAAAAAAUAUUCAUGUUUAGUGAGAGUUUCUAAGCCUCUUAGUGGCUCUAUGCUUGUGAGUAAAGCCCCAGAUUAAACAGCA